UAAAGCUCAGAGAGAGAGUGAGUGAGAGAGAGAGAGAGAGAGAGAGAGAGAGAGACUUUAACUACAUAGAGGAAUUUCUGAGACAAAUGAGGAGCAUAAGUGAUUACUUAGGAUAUGAUAAAGGCUUUCUUUACUUGCUUUCCCUCUUACAUGAUGCGUUGUUAGGGUUGAGUGAUCACAGUGACAUGCAUCAUAAGCGAGUUGCUGAGGAGAGGCGGGAAAGAGGUUUUUUGAAUGAGUCAGCGUCACCGUGUUCAGCAGAGGACGUAAGUAAGAGCAGUGCUGCCAGCUGAGAGGGGUGCACACAGGCACCACUGAGCACAACGAGGAGCUGCAGUGAACAUGUUGGGCCAACCUGGACACUCAACCUCAGGCAAGAGGCAUCCAGUGUAUCGUGUGACUCACAGCCACAACAUUAGGUCUACAUCAUUUCGACACCCUGUGACUGGACAAAUUUCCCCUGAAAACAUUGAAUACACACUACAAGAUAGGAUAGACUUCCGUAUGUCAAUGUCCACAGCCAAUCAGAGGUCCCCCAACAUGGUCACUGAGUCCACCACAGCUGUGACCUCAACAACAGUGGAUAGUGUGCCCGGGUCAAAAACUGCCAGAGGUACGAGAAAAGUACACAGCUUUGGCAAAAGGGAUCAUGCUAUAAAGAGAAACCUCAGCAUCCCAGUGGUGGUCAGAGGCUGGCUCUACAAACAGGACAGCUCUGGAAUGCGACUGUGGAAACGGAAGUGGUUUGUUUUGUCAGACUACUGCUUGUUUUAUUACAAAGACAGCCGGGAAGAGAGUGUGCUGGGCAGCAUCCCUUUGCCCAGUUAUGUCAUUGCACCAGUUGAGCCUGAUGACCACAUAAAUCGCAAAUUUGCUUUCAAGGCGAGCCAUACAGGAAUGCGCUCCUACAUUUACAAUAAGAACUCUGUGAUUGGCUCGCAGGCUGAACACAGUGGGAUGCGGACAUAUUUCUUCAGUGCGGACACACAGGAGGACAUGAAUGGCUGGAUCCGGGCCAUGAACCAGGCUGCGCUAAUGCAGCAGAGUCACACCAUAAAGAGAGAGGUGGAGAAGACAGACAAGGCUGUACCACAGGCAGUCCCACAGACCAACCAUGUCAACGUAAACCAGACCUCAUCUCAGUCAGAAAGACUUCACAGGGCAGAGAAAGCAGAAUCUCAGGAUAAUGGUGUUCGGCUGGAAAUUCAGGGGAGACCCAGUCAAUCCACCACAGAGGAACAAGUAGAGAGACUUUCUCCACAAACGUUUGAUGGCCACAUGCACAAAAAUGGCCAGCAGACUGUCGUCCAAGUGGUUCUGCCACCAGAACAGAACGGCAAUCACAUCUACAAAAGAGUCCCGUCUUCCCGCACAGACACAGAGAAACAAGUUCAGAGGAAGAAUACACUGGCUCAGGUGGAACAAUGGGUGAAAGUUCAAAAAGGAGACCCACAUAAGAGUGUGUCCUCUGCGGAGUAUCACCUCCCAUGUCGGACUCCUCCAUUGAAGCCCAAAGCAAGAACAGAAGAUGUCGCCUAUCAGUCAUUGCCAAAAUCUCCACGUCUCCCGUCUGACAGCAGCUCUCCUCCUAUGCCCAGUGACUACAAGUAUGCCCACGACCGACUCAGCCACUUCCGCAUGUCCACAGAUGAGCGCAUGGCCAGCAAGGAGGGAAUGGUGUGGCAGCUGUAUGAGUGGCAACAGCGCCAGCAGUUUCGCCAUGGCAGUCCCACCGCGUCUACUUACAUUGGCCCUAAUUUCACUGACGCUUCAUCUUUUAAAGUUACUGUGGAGAUGCCUCGUUCCAUAUCUGUGCCUCCGUCACCCUGUGAAGUCCCACCGUCACUCCCCGCCUCCUUCAAACCUCUGUCCCCUCGUAGGCCCAACACUCCUUCAGACAGACGCACAGUCAGGCCCUUGGACGAAGGACCACCCGAGGACAGCACAGGAUCCAGCUCCCCGCGCCACAUUUGUACUCAUCUUUCUAAGACUUCCCAGUCAGAGAGAAGGUCCAUGCCAACUAUGGGCUACAUCACACACACUGUCAGUGCACCCAGCUUGCAUGGCAAAACGCCAGAGGAGCUGACACUGCUCCUCAUUCAGCUCCGGAGGCAUCAGGCCAAGAUAGCUGGUGUGCAUAAUCCCAGCGAUGCUUUCACUCAUCUGCAGCAUCACCAGUACAGCGGCCUUCUAGGCCCCAGCGUACAGGCUGAUGAUACUUACAUACAACUGAAGAAGGACCUGGAGUAUCUAGAUCUGAAGGUUACUGGAUGUGAAAACCUAAAAAAAGAAAGACCGUCAAGACCAGUGAAAAUUGCCGAAAGUGAUGCUGAUGUGAAAUUAAGCCGGCUGUGUGAGCAAGACAAGAUUCUACAGGAGCUGGAGGCCAGGAUAGGCACCUUGAAGGAUGACAAGGACAAGUUGGAGUCUGUGCUGGAUGUAUCGCACCAGCAGAUGGAGCAGUACCGAAAUCAGCCAACACACGCUGAAAAGAUUGCCUAUCAGCAGAAAUUACUCCAGGAGGAUGUGGUGCAUAUCAGGGCUGAAAUAUCUCAAGUGUCCACGGAGAUGGAGAAUGCAUGGAAAGAGUACAGCCAGCUGGAAAGGGACGUGGACUGGUUGAAGACAGCUCUGCAGGAACAGAUGAACCGCAGUGAUCUUUCUCAGCAGGAAAAAGCCCAAAUAAAGAAGGAGCUGUGGAGGAUUGAGGAUGUUAUUGCCGGACUCAGCACCAGUAAAGCCAACUACAAAGUCACCAUCUCCUCUGUGACCAACCCAGACAGGAAGUUUGUGCCUUCUGUAUCGAUGUCAUCAGUGCCUUCUGGGUCUGGAAGCCCAUCUAUGGUGGAGAUGAGAUUGUCCCAGCAACAGCACAGCCCUCACCUCAGCCCCAGUAGCUACACCCACAUCCUUUCCAGCAGCCCCAGCCAGCAGCAUUCGCUUCACUCUACAACUCCCAUUACCACCGAGUACAAAUGGAGUGAGGAAAAUGUGCCUCCUCGACCUCCCCUACCUCAGCUGUACAGUCCUGAAGAGAAUCCUCCUGCUGUGCCUCCCUUACCCAGGGAGACGACAGUCAUCAGACACACUUCUGUACGUGGCCUCAAACGACAGUCAGACGAACGCAAGAGGGACAGAGAGAUUGGCCAGUUCACUAAUGGAGACAAUAAGGUGGAACUCAGGCCUUUCUGGAGUGAUCCUGAGCUUCUGGGAGCUGGUGACAUCUCCAAUCAUAUCAGCCUGGCAGUGUCAGGACAUGAAGGAGGUUAUCAGACUUUACCCAGCCGAGGAGUGAGUGGAUCCUUGCUGAAGAUAAAUAAGUCCGCAAGCAUCGCCUCAUAUGUGACCCUCCGAAGAGCAGCUUCAGCUGCAGGAUUAAAGGAGAGACCAAAAAGUGCCUUGGAGCGUCUGUACUCUGGAGACACAGUGCAGCAACAGCAGCAGAGGAGAAAGAUGAGUGCUGACGAGCAGCUGGAGAGGAUGAAGAGGCACCAGAAGGCCCUCGUCCGCCAGCGCAAACGCGCCCUGAGUCAUGGAGACCGCCACACUUCUUCGUCUUCAUCAUCUCGCACCUCAUCCUCAUCCUCACGGCCACUUUCAGCGGAUUUGGGAUCAUGGAAAAGAGAGCAGGAGUUUGACCUGCAGUUGCUGGAGCGGGCCGUCCAGGGGGAGGAGUCGCAGGUGGAUCGGAAUGUCCAGGGAGAGGAAAGACCCCCUGAGCACAUCGAGAGACCUCGUUCCCAAUCUGAAGAAUGGCUGACUUUUCACUCCACGGACACAACCCAAAAGGUUGACCUGGAGCCUUUAGAGUAUGACCUGGACCUCAGUAAAGAGCUUUCCGUGCCUCAGAAAGUGUUGAUACCAGAGCGUUAUGUGGAUUCAGAGCCUGAGGAGCCCAUCAGCUCUCAGGAGGUGGAGGAGUGCCAUUGUAAGGUAGAACGCAUCAAGAGCAUCUUGGCAAAGUCCAGUGUGCAAAACCUCACACCAACGGUGUCUGUGGACAUGCCAGAGGAGGCGCUGGUGCAGGAGCAGGAGAGAAUCAUCACCAUGUCCUACACUCUCGCCUCAGAGGCCUCCGUCAAAAGCAAAAUGGUUGCAGUUCCACCUCAGGCUAACCCUCCCGAACCUCCUUCCCUGUCUGCUUCUCUGCCUUCUCCUGUGCCACCUCCUCCUCCUCUGCCUCCUGUUUCGCUGGGGCCUCCUUCUCCUCUAAGCAACGGAAUUCACUACACAUUUGUCUAAUCUGACAGACAAACUCAAGCAAUUUCUGGACAAUGAGGUGCUAUUCCACAAUGAGAACAAACAGCUCCAACAAGUGAAGUUGUCUGUGUUGGGAUGGUUAUGACAUAGUAAUACAGUAGGGGGCGUAGAAGAAACAGUUAAACGUGCACUUUAAGGCACACACUCAGCAAUGACUUGUUAUUUUCUAUAAAAAAGAGACUUUGCUAUGUAUGCUGCUGUGUUUAUUAAUUAUGGACAUGACUUAUGAAUGUUACUCUCAUAACAAUAUUCAUAAAAACAUUUUCCACUUGCUGUUGCACUUACGAAUGUAUAAAGGAUCGUAAUGAAGAAUUUAAAUAGAUAUUUUCCAGGUUUUUUCUUUCAGUUAUGAAUUUAUGUUUAAUCAGGUAAUGAACAAGGUGUACUAAAUGUAUCACAUUGAUAACACUUUUGUCAGGUGAUAUUCUUACAAGAAACCACUUGAAAGAUUGUGUGUAUAUUUACUGUAGCAGUGCCAACCUCUUAUUAGCUUGCCAAAAUGGAUUUUAUUUUUGCUUACAUCAGGAUUAAAAUAACCCUUAACAUA